AUGUCGACUUACAGAAACCCUCCGAACUACGCGAACUUGGCCUCUACUCGUUAUGCUGCCGCCCCAAGUGCAACAAAUUCUGGCGGUGGAAUUCUCUGCGCCAAUACGAAUGUCAAACAGAAUCAAGGUUCAGAAGGGAUUAAUCCAGGUGAUUUCAAUCUGCGAAAGGUCGCGCUGGACGACGCGCCAAACGUAGUAUACGAGAUUGAAUGCUACCAGGCACCUGCAACAGGCUUUGUCGAUCAAAGUGGUACAUAUUUUUCUUUUGAACACUGUAUCCAAAAAUGCACAUCUGUUGCAUGCCAAGCGGCACAAUGGGUGCCUACCACCAAACUCUGCAGGCUUGCUACUACGCAGCGGGUAAACACACCCAAUUCGAUGGUAUUCGGGGCUUAUUCAGCUCGUUUGAUCACAACGGCCAAUCCAAAGGUUAUUUCUGGCAGCUACCUACUUCCCAACAAUACAAAUCUUGGACUCUGCCUGGGUCCCUCACCAGGCAAUUAUGACAGGGCUGAAAUCACCGUCUACAGCAGGACCAAUACACUGCGAGACUCCGUCACUUUCCCUGUCACCGGAAGAUAUGACAGCUACCGGGUUGACUGCCUUGGUAAAGCCAUCGGGAUGGGUACCAACCCACAAGACGAGGUCGCUCUCUCCGCAACCUACGGAUUUUACCCCCAGAAUGCUGACGAUUGUGCACGACUCUGUAUCACACAUAGUAUCGCAUCCGCUGACGGGAAUACGAACUCGGCAGUAAACUGUCGAGCUUGGUAUUGGUACGACAACAAUUCCUGCAAGAUGUACGCCACAAAACCAGGAAAUGCAGCAACGGCUGCUUUCAGCUACUCCGGGCUGCUCGCUGCGGGAUGGUCACGAGCAAACAGCGGCCAUGAAUUCACAGCGGCCAAUGUCAACGCGUACAAGCGUUCGCUAGACCCCUUCCGAGACGACACCACUUCGAAGCGUGGAAGGCGCGCACUGAAGAGCAAAGCCUACCACCCAGUUCCAGUUGUCGAUCGGAACCCAGAUUCCAUGGUUCCAGAUGAUAUCAUCCCUUUCAUGUUCCGCGUACGGCAUUAA